AUGGAAGCGCCAUCUGACAUGUCUAUUGUAGAAUGGGAAAAAUUGAGUCUAAGAGAUAGAGAAGGAUAUCUUGAGUUACGCACUAUGCUAACAUCUCCAGCUUGCAAAAAUCGGCGCAAUAAAAGUGUUGAAACAUUUGUCGACGUUGUCGAAACAAUAAAAGCUUUUGUCAUGCGUGACGACUCUGAUGACCUUCAAAGAGGCAUUGUAUGUGGAAUGUACUGGGUUGGCGAAGAUUUAGCAAUCAAUACUCGACAACUCAGGAUUCUUCUGCAAAAAUGCAAAUCAUCGAUUAACGGUUCUCUUCAGAUGAUUGGAUAUGCAUCGCCUACAGACGCUAAUGAAGCUUCUUCAAUAUUAAACAAACUCUUCCCAUUUUGGAAAGAUAAUUUUAAGGAAAUGCGUCAAUGGACAAUAAGAAGAAAAGCAAAGACUCCUUCUACACAGGUUUUGCCUAAGAAUUUCGUUCCUAAAGUACUAUCUAAUCCAAAAGUAGAAAAAAUCAUCCAAAAUGCUACGGUUUCGUCUUUUCCAACACCACCUCCUGAUGUAGAAAAGGAAAAUGACCCGAACAACUUUCUUGAAUUCUCAAUAACCCAAUCAUCAAUACCAGAGCAAGAUUUUGAUAUAACCGAUCAUUUUGGUUUAGAUACGAGAAUCAAUUUCGAAGAUGAUUCUUUCGGAAUGUGGAAUAAUUUUAAUACUGAUUUUGAUUUAUAA